AGACAAAGUGCUCUUGGACCGACAUUCUCUCCCACUUACAUGAUCUUAUGCAUACUCAGUACUUCAAAUUCUCACCCUCAUACAUCGCGCUCCCAUAAAGACAAAAUGGCAUUCUCUGCUUCAUACACACCUGCUCCGCUGCAGACAAAGUGCUCGUCUACCUUCAUUUUUCAGCAGCAAAUGUUCUGCAAACGUCCACACCGUUAAACGAGAUCUCCAGUUUGAGGCAAACACUCAUUGACUACCUUCUCAUUGACUACCUUUUGCUCAUUGACUACCUUUCGGAUCAUUGACUACCUUUGCUCAUUGACUACCUCAGAUCAUUGACUACCUUUCGGCUCACGUAGCUGAGCAAUGUAAGCAGUUGAGUAUGUAAGUAGUUGAGAACGUCUUAGUGGGAGUAUUUGCCUUUGACAUAAAGUUGAUAGAGUAAAAAAAUGUAAGCAGGAAAUUUCAAAUUGCUUUAUGACAAGCAGGCAUAAAUCACUUUCUCAGAACGCAUGACUAAACUGUUUUUCUUUUUUAUUUUUCACUGGGAAAAAUAUGCCAACCUAGUCAUUUAGGUACGUAACUUCCAAUUUUUUCCCAGAUCUUUGAUAAUUUUGAAUAAAAUCUUAAAGCUAACGCUAAACUUUUUUUUUGUAUUUUUUCAGAAUUAAAAUUUAAAAAGUUGUGUUUGAACCUUAAAGGCCACAAUCUAUUUUGAAGCUAGUUUUUCCAAAAUUUUCUGAUCAAAAUUUCAGCAAUUCUAGAAAUAAUUUAGAUUGUUAGAUUUUAUUCAAAUCUGAAAUUUAAUCUAAAAAUUAAUAUUAUAAAAAACAUUGUUUAAAAAUUGACAUUAUUUAUAUUUUCUGCAAAACCAAGGUCAUUAGGCCAUGAAAGUUUUUGUUAUAUCAGCUGAAACCCGUAGACAAUAAUUUUGAAGUGAUGUUUGAAAAGUUGAUUCCAAACAUCAAGCCUGAUCAAAUAUGGAAGUGUUGAUGAAUUGAAUGAAACUUUUAUGAAUCAUUGUGGUCUUUUUGUGAUUUUUCCAGUAACAAUUUAAUUAUAGAUAUUAUUCGAAAAUAUAAACAGAAUUGUUGACGGUUUGGAAAUAUUGUCUGGAAUAACAGAUCUGCGAGAAGUGAGACUCAUUACGAAUAGCUAUCUAGAUACUGAAAAUCUUAAUUUGAAAAUUACCUGACUGGCAAUUUUGUAUAAAAACAGGCUACGGGCUAAAAAAAAAUACAAAGAACAGGAAAGAAGAAAUUGAUAGUUGCCGGCUCAUCGACGAAUUGCCGGUAUUGAAAGUUUUCGGCAAAUCGGCAAAUCGACACACUGCCGAAACUUAAAAUUUCUGGCAAGUCGGCAAAUCGGCAAGUUGCCGGAAUUAAAAUUUUCGGCAAAUCGGCAAAUCGGCAAAUUGUCGAAAUUGAAAUUUCGGGCAAAUCGGCAAAUCGGCAAAUUUCGGAAUUGAAGUUUCCGGCAAACUGCGAUUUUGCACAUUUUUUUGGAAGUUUCAGAAUUUCAAUUUCAAUCGGCAAAAUUGUGCGCAUCCUGUGUAUGUUCCAACGUCUAAUUUGAAAAGUAAGACAAUUUUAUGAAAAUAUCUUAAAAAUUUUAUAAAAAUACCUAAUAUAUAUUUCCGGCAAGCUGGCAUUUAGCAAAAGGACAAUUGCCGCCUACCCCUGAUAUAAAACUCGAAAAAAAAAUAUGGAAAGUUUGAUGCCAAAUAUCAGGUUUCUUUUCUUGUUCUCAACUUUUUGAAAUUGAGAACACUUCUAUUCUAUUGAGCAUUGUGAUGUUUGUACCAAUUUAAACAAGGAAACAUCAACAAAAAGUCACUUGGAUCAGUCAUCAUGUAAAUACGCGUCAGUUAUGUGUGAACAACUGGUAUCUAGUUGAUCCUCCGAACUUUGUCACUUCUUUUUCGUUUUUUCGAGAACUGGGCGGCACACAGCAAAAGGGUAUAAAAUGGUAAGGAAAUGGAUGGAAAGGCAGAGUCAAUUUGCGACCAGCGGUUAUUGUACUACAAAUAAUUGUUAUUUGCUAUUUUUCAAAGUGUCAUAAGUUCUCAACAAUGAAAGUUUUCAUCGUUCUCGCAGCUUUAAUUGGAUGCUACGUCUACGCUCAAGAUGCUCAAAUUCUGCCAGUAGGUGGACAAGUUGGUGGUGGGCAAAGAUUGCCAUGCCGUGGACGAAAUGAAGAAUAUAAGACUUGUGGAACCGCCUGUGAGCCAUCAUGCACCAAUCCGAACCCGAUGUGCACCAAGCAAUGCAUCAACAACGUCUGCCAAUGCAGAAGCGGAUACGUUCGUAACGAGAUCACCAGACAAUGUGUGCGUCAAGCUCAAUGCUCCAGACCUGGAACUGGUUUCGGAAGCUCCACUCCGUUCCCAUCUCAAUCUCCUCAGAGAUGCGGACGUAACGAAACAUUCAGAACCUGCGGAUCUUCGUGUGAGCCGAGCUGUACUACUCCACGUCCACAAGCGUGCACUAUGCAGUGUAUUGUGAACGUGUGUCAAUGCUCUGAGGGAUUUGUCCGAGGACCUUCCGGAUGUGUCAGACAACGAGAUUGUUAAACGAAAUGCUUUUUAAAAACAUUUUAAUCUUGAUUCAGCGUACCGCUGAAUGAUGUUCUGUAAAAAUGAGUUUUGCACAAUAAAGCUUCUAUUCAUUCAAAAA